GCAAUAGAUAAUACAAUAAGAGUAUUCGAUAACCUCAAGAUUAGUUUGAAUGAAAUUUUAGGAGUAGAUUCCGAAGAAUACGAUAAAAUGGUACAAGCCAUGGUCAAAGAAAUGGAUGAAUAUAAUAGCUACGUCCGCACUGUUCGUGUAUAUGCUGUGAAAAAAAUGACUGAUUGA